CUUCGCUCAGGUAGAUCUGGUGGUGAGUACUAUCUUCCACGGCAUUUCAACGAUCUGGGAAGAAUUUUUAUGGUGACAGAGGCGAAUGUGACUCCUUACAGUCAUCUUUCUCACUUGUACGGAUGUGGAUCUUUUCUCGUCAGUUGAACGUAGCACGUUGAAAAAGUAUUGUCAACGCCCUGCGACAUGCAAUCAUGUUCAUCUUGCUGCCACUCAUGGUGAUUUAUAACUGACAGUCAAAAUCUGUAGCUAGCUGCGCAGUAGUUUCUUCGUCUGUCACUGUCUCAUGCGUACCCCUAACAGUGCAUAGGUAUAUUGCGGAACUGUGUUGAUUUAAACUUUAACCAUCUAUUUCUUUUCUCAGCGACGCUUCGCAUUGGUUGGUUGAAGGUUUCUUCUGCGUGUUUUUAUCUGCUUUGUCUACUUGUUCUCAAUCUUGACGGACUUGACUGCUUGAUUGGAUUUGAUAAAAAGGGUUUUGUUGGUUCUCUAUCGUCUGUUCACUGUAAUUAUAAUACAUAUUCCUCAGCGUUGAUGAUCAUAUAAGUUUAGGCUUCACAAUGUACAACGGUGAGGUAAACCUUGGCUCUGCCUUCGGGCCAGGGCCUGUAGAGGAGGAGAAUCCAGAACUUGAGGCUGUUCAGGCAGCUUGCGAUGCGCUUCCGCCAGAAACGGGUGGAAGAAUUAAGGUUCUUUUUUCAAAGAUUUCGAAUGUUCUUGUUGGUUCUCUUUUCUGCUGUCCUCGACCACAUAAGUUUAACUCAUCUCUCUAGCUGCUAGGUCGCUAGUCGAUUAAUCUAGUGUCAGUAUCAAAUAAUUCAAGUCCUUCUCAAACUUCAUCCAAUUUCAACACAGGAAAUGUUUACCUCAAACGGUCUGACCAUGGCGGAUCUGGACGUAAAGUCCGUAAUGGAUCUUGCCAGGCUACACCCGACGCUCCAGCAGAAGGUUUUGCAGCACCUCGAGUCAGAAAGGGUAAUAGCUACUUCAUUCUUGUUGAGGUGCGAAAUAUAUUGGCAGGGUGUAGCUUAAGAGAAUGAUGAUUAUGACAACGCACAUUUUUGCGUUAAAAAAUGCUUGCUUCAUCCAUUAACACUGUCUCCAACAUGGCAUCGACGACCUUUUUAUUUCACAGGUCUUCCUUUGCAACUCGCGGUCAAAGUCCCGUUUUCUGAUUUCAACGUGUGAGCGUGCGAAGCAGGGCGCAUUGGAUGUCAGAGGCUUUGGUGCCAUCGAUCCAUGGAAGAGCCACCUUAGUGCAAUCGCGGUCGAAAGACCAAAGACCAUCGAGUUGAUGAAAGAGUGGGAGUACAUGGAAAGGGUCGGACAUAGCGCAGUUGUCACCUUCUCGAUCGAUUGCUCAUGCUGCGAAAGUCUCAGGGAAAUGGGUACAUACUUAUAAAUAUGUAAGUUUCGUUCUGGAGUGCUAUUUUAGUGGAAGUAGAUUUCUCUUUCCUCGUGACGAGAUGUUGUUUCGUUUUCCAGAAUGGAAAUAAUUUCUCUUCAUUUCAUCUUGUCCGAAGGUGAAAAUGUCGAGAUGAGUUUUCCUAUGGAGAAUAGCGUGUGGGAUAUCAAGAGCAAGCUCGUCGAUCUCGGCUGCACUCUCUCUUUGGGGAAGAUCAAGCUGAAGCUGGAUUCGAAGAAGAACUUGCCAUGGCAGGGCAUGCCAGAAAAUUGGCAGCACAUCGGCUUUCUGAAGGAAAAGUAUAGCUUUGGGCAUUACAAUAUGCCGCCAGGCCCUACUAUAAAACUGACGCUAGUCUCGAAGGUGCGCGGGGGACGCAACAGAAGAAAGGACCUGUCACAAUGCACUGCGCUACCAACAACACGAGCACCAUUGCUCGCACAGCAGAAGGCAAUAACAAUAAAUCCGAUGAUGGCGCAAAUGAUAGCAAACAUGACAAAGGUGAUGCAAGCCAAAGCUGCUGGCGCCCUCCCGCCGCAACCUGGAACAGCGCCUUCAGCAUAAUCCUACCGCAAUUAAAAUUAGCCUCGUUGAGCUACUCAUACAGGUCUCUUUGCGAAACGAACGCAAUGACUGUGAACUCAUGAUGCCCUGCCUACGCGAAGGAUUUCGACAUGGAGCCCAUGGUUGAUCCCACAUAAAGAUAAGGUUGUCAUACCAGUACAACAACACUCGAGCCAU